CAGGCAUUAUCAGCACGAGAAAUGAGUGACAAAAUGCUGAGCUUCUUCCGCAGAACGCUCGGCCGCCGGUCGAUGCGCAGACAGGCCGAGAGGGACCGGCUCCGCGAGGCCCAGCGUGCAGCCAUGCACAUCCCUGCGGCCGGGGACGCGAGGGCCGUCAUCACCUGCCGAGUGUCCCUCCUGGACGGGACCGACGUCAGUGUGGACUUGCCGAAAAAAGCCAAAGGACAAGAGCUGUUUGAUCAGAUUAUGUACCACUUGGACCUUAUUGAAAGCGACUAUUUUGGACUGAGAUUUAUGGAUUCGGCACAAGUAGCACAUUGGUUGGAUGGUACAAAAAGCAUCAAAAAGCAAGUAAAAAUUGGUUCACCCUAUUGUCUGCAUCUUCGAGUUAAGUUUUAUUCCUCAGAACCAAAUAAUCUUCGUGAAGAACGAACCCGGUACUUAUUUGUUCUUCAAUUAAAACAAGAUAUUCUCAGUGGAAAAUUGGAGUGUCCUUUUGAUACAGCGGUUCAGUUGGCAGCUUAUAACUUGCAGGCUGAACUUGGUGACUACGACCUUGCCGAGCACAGUCCUGAACUUGUGUCUGAGUUCAGGUUUGUGCCCGUUCAGACGGAAGAGAUGGAGCUGGCUGUUUUUGAGAAAUGGAAGGAAUGCAGAGGUCAGACACCAGCACAAGCUGAAACCAAUUAUCUGAAUAAAGCCAAGUGGCUAGAAAUGUAUGGGGUUGAUAUGCAUGUGGUCAAGGCCAGAGAUGGGAAUGACUACAGUUUGGGACUGACCCCAACAGGAGUCCUUGUUUUUGAAGGAGAGACCAAAAUUGGCUUAUUUUUUUGGCCCAAGAUAACCAGAUUGGAUUUUAAGAAGAAUAAACUAACCUUGGUGGUUGUAGAAGAUGAUGAUCAGGGCAAAGAACAGGAGCAUACGUUUGUCUUCAGACUGGAUCACCCCAAAGCGUGCAAACAUUUAUGGAAGUGUGCUGUGGAGCAUCACGCCUUCUUCCGCCUCCGAGGCCCUGUCCAGAAGCAUUCUCACCGAUCGGGAUUUAUUCGAUUAGGGUCGCGGUUUAGAUACAGUGGGAAAACUGAGUAUCAGACCACAAAAACCAAUAAAGCAAGAAGAUCAACAUCCUUUGAAAGGAGGCCCAGCAAACGGUAUUCUCGACGAACUCUGCAAAUGCAAGGAAAACCUGAAGAACUCAGUGUUCACAGUAAUGUUUCAGCUCAGAGUAAUGGCUCCCGACAGGCUUGGGGUGUGAGAUCCACUGUGCCUGUGAUUCCUUCCGUUCCCUCUGGUCCUUUGCUCGUGCAAGUUGAGAAUCUUCCAAGGAGUCCCGGAGCAGACCAGCAUGACAAGAAAUGCUUGCCUCUGAAGAUUGAUUUGCUAGAUAGUCCAGACUUACUGGAAACAACCAUUGAUGAUGUAGUUGGGGCACCUGACACCAUGGCCAUGUCCCAAGCCCCAGGUGAAGUGAGCACAGCCACCAGGCAGGCUGGAUUAGAGGGGCUGGAAGCAUUAAAAGAUGUCUCAGAGAAGCUCAAACACCUUGAAAUGGAAAGUGAUCCUUUGCCAGCCAGUCAUCCCAACAGGGACGUUAACAUCAGCAACCAGGAGGAAGUGGUGAAGUUAACUGAGAAAUGUCUGAAUAAUGCCAUUGACAGCCCAGCACUGAAUGCCAGGAGAGUUCCUCCUGACUUGAAGAGUAACAUUUUGAAGGCUCAUGUAGAAGCAGUGCAGAAGGUUACAAGAGAAGAUAGCUUAUUAAGUCAUAAAAAUGCCAGUGUUCAGGAUGCUGCCACCAACAGUGCUGAGUUAAAUGAGAACGCCAUGCCCGGCCCUGGAGGGUCUCUCAUUCCGAUGCGAACCACACCUGCAGAAAAUGGGCCUGCUCUAAAGGAUGCUACAGAUGAAUUGGAUGCCUUGCUUUUAUCUCUAACUGAGAAUCUCAUUGACCACACAACCACACCUCAGGUAUCUUCCAUAUCCACGAUCACACCCCGUUGGAUUGUGCCAAGCGCUGCCCUUCCUAACGGGCUUGCAGGAGACAGCGGGCUCUCGCCGGCCGGGAAGGAGGGGCCUGGCAACAGAGGUGUGGUCUCCCUCAUCUCUCCCCCAGCGCCGUUCUUCGUGGAUGCUGUGACCAGCUCGGCUCCAGCCUCUGCUGGAGAAGCCACCUUGAAGCAGAAGUGUUUGCUGACAACAGAGCUCUGAGGGGCGGCCACUCCUCACCGUGACCCGAGGCCGGGCCCUCCAGCCGUCCGUCCUGGAGUCCGCUUCUGCUGGAGCUGGUUCUGCACUUGUGGGUAAAAGAGCUCACCCGGGUGUGACCUCACCUCUGAAAAAGCAGUUACAUUUCCGUCCAGCUGGAAGGGCGUAAUUACACUACACGUUAGCCCAAGUGAGCGUCUGUGAUCUUUUACUUUCUCUCAUUUCGUUUGAAGUUGUGAAUUCUGCCGCGGGGGAUCCCUUUCCCUGUGGCUUUCUCCGAGCUCUUUGCUCCGCCCAGUGGUUGUGACUGUUCAUGACGCCCCCCUGGGUGGGCCGUCCCUGGUGGUCAGCAGCCUUGGGAAGGUUACUUCUCUCUCUGGUGUCAGGGUGAGUGUCCUUGAUGUGAAUGCCUGCUAUAGAAAUUGUACCCUUCUGUGCAUUGCCUGGAAAUCAGGAAUUGAGGUAGAUUAAUUAUUACUAAAGAGAGGUUUUUAGAAUACAGAGGGUUUUCAGAUGUCUCCCAUACUUUUGACUUUUUGCUGGACUGGCUAUCUUAAUACUCCAAGUUUACAUCAAGGUAAGAUAGACCUUGAGAAGAAUUACAGAGGAAUCAGUUGCCCGGCACAGUUUCUCAGCCCAGCCGUCCCUUGGGAAGCACACCUGCGUGGAGCGCACGCGCAUCCUGUAGCUUUUGGCCUGGAAGGGGUGGGGUGGCUGCAGAGACCUCCAGGCGUCCACACGGCUCCCUGGGCUGCGUGGGGUUGAAGGCUGAGGUCGGCUCAGGCGGCGAAGGAGAGCACAGUAGUUUCCAGGUCCCCAUUUGGACGUAGGCUCCAUUUCCUUUUAAUGUAAGCUGAAUAAAUUCAGAUGGUGUAAACUGAAGGGAAAAAAAUGCCAGGAUAGAAAUAGGGAAUCGGGUUGAGGGGAUUCAUGUCUGAAACUAAAUGCAAGGUACUGCAAGAACGUUAGGGAUUUUGUGUUAGUUAAAAAGGGUUCUCUAGAAUUUCCUCAUUACUUUCCAUCUGCACAAAAAAUUCUGGAUGUUAAAGUAGUAUAUGCUCAUUAUAGAAAAUAGAGAAAAGAAUUUCAACACCCAGAGAAGCACUAUUUUAGCUUCAAAACUUUGGACUGCGCAAAGGAAACCUCAGUUGCUGUGGGGAAUGAGGGUGAUCUGGAAAUCGCAUUGGUAAAGUUGUUGUGAAUCCCUGUUACCGAGGGCUGAUGUUAAACUACCUCCUGGAAUUUGGUUUUGGUCUGCUGGCCUGCGGUGUGCACGUAAUUGAGUGUUAGUGUCUGCUGUCCACCAGAAAAGAACAUCCAGUUUUCAGAUCUUUAAAACUCCAUGUUCUGGAUGGUCCUGGGUUCCCUGUAACAUAAUCACACUCGGGCAGACGCACACUCUUGUCUGACUGGAAAGCCUUGGGAUCUUGAUCUUGUGCUGUUCCCAGGGGGCCGCAGAGAUUGGAAACGACUUUUUCACAAAACAGUUCUGCCGAAGGAAAGACAGUUGGCACUUCUUGUUGGCUGUCUCCCCUUAGCUGUUAUCCUAAGCUCGUGGAUUUCGUUGGGGGAGUUCGUGCCACUUCGUAAUUGUCAAACAGAUUUUCUCGCAGCUCUAAUGACACCUAGAACCAGGGACUUGACCUGGGACAUGCCGGACUGGACAUCGAGUUUUCAGCACACCAACGACCCUGAAGGUAGAAGGUUAAGGUUGUGCUUCUGGUCACAGAGCAGCUUUCUAGAUUUUGGAAUUAAGUUGUUGAAAACAUUGCGUAAGCUUUGUGUCUUCAGGUACCUGUAUUCUUGCCAGUCAGAAUAUUGAUAGGGACUUUCUUGCAGUGCAUUUGAAUCUCAAGGUAAAAGGAAAUUCUGUCUCAUGUCCUGGCAAGAAUGGUACAUAUGGAAAUUAAUACUUUAAUGAACUAGCCCUGACAGAAUAGAUACCUGUCAGGUAGACCUUUCCUUUCCUGUCUGCUGCAGGUGCCGUCCCCGGGCGCCUGUAACGUUCACCCUGUUCCGCUGACCUGAGAAUGGGACGGGGGGGGGGGGGGGAAGCAGCAGGUGUGAGUCAGGGAAGGAUGCUGGCAGGGAGCCAGGUGUGCGAUGGCCUCUGGACCAGGACGCAGGCGGUUACACUGGGGGAGGGCACCUCGCUGUGGCAGCCCUGCAGGCCGCUGGCCCUCGGCACGGUUUCUGGUGACAGAAGAUCUUAGCGUCUUCCUGCCCACCGGAACUACCCGACCGGCUGAGUGCAGCUCUGGUCCCCGGAUGAGCUGAAACAGCCCAGUAGCUGUUCUAACCGGUGGCUGGCUGGGCGGGAAGUUUCUCUGUGUCUAGAGAGGCUCCCACGCAGUAGGACAGUGUAGCUAUCAGGAGAGCCCUGGCCGUGUUGGAUCCAGUCAGGAGGGGCGAGCACGUAUUUGGAAAGAGCGGGACGACGGGUUUAUAGCUGAGCUGACAGAGCCGUUCAGCAGAAAUGACAGGAGCCUGCUUGAGCCACAGACUCAGCUCUGUGUCACUUUCUUGCCAGGCUUUCCAGAACCAGCUUUCGCUCUGCUAACUCACUAGGAGCCGGGAUGAUGGAGUUGUGGCUGUGAGCAGGUUUAGGGGCUCAGGUUGGGGGGCUGCGUGUGUCCUCUUGCUGUUGCCUCGUUGGUCUGCAGGGGUCUGCGCUUUCUGAUGGUUUGCAGGGGGCACCCUGCUGCCGCCUCUGUCUUGGUGGGUGGGGAGUGGAAAGGGCGGGAGCUCGGAUCAGCUGGCCUUAGGUCCUGGCCGGGGAAGGUCAGGUCAGGGAAGGGAGAGCUGGCCCUGGGGGCUUACGAUGAGCUGGGUAGGUGUCGGUUUUCUCCCCUAGACUCCUCUUCAGAACUUGUGGAAUAUCCUGUUUCUCGGGGACCUCACAGAGGUCGUAGUGUCCCCUUUGUGUACACAGGAAGGAUUCAUCGCCCUUUUAUUCCUGCCCUUGAGGAAACCCUGGUGAACAACAGAGUGAUUAGAUGCCUUUGCUCUUGAUAAAUUUAGACGUACCCUUAGCUGCUUGUCUAAAAUGUUGUUUUGAGGAAAAAUCUCGUUAAGAAUGUGUCUUCUAGUCUACUAGGCUUUUGUCUUUACGUGUGUGUGUGUGUGUGUGUGCGCGCGCGCGCGCGCGGCCACACGUGUUCUGUGGCAGGUGAGGGUGGAGCCCGGGGCAGCCCUGCAUCUUGGCUGCUUGCCCUCCUGUGUCUCGGCUCUGGCCGCCCUGCCUGUCUCCUCUCAGACCAGCGCCAGGGUCACUGCAAACACCUCCGAGAGCAGAGCUGUGUGGCAGCCACUGACACGGGAAAGGCUCUCUUGUUCUGAGUCAGGCCCCAGAGAAGCCAGGGCCUCAGCUUCUCCUCGAGGGCGGGCCAGCAGGCAGUUUUGUCUGGAGCAGGGCUGGUGAGGGCCCGGCUGCGUGCGGCCCGUGUUCAGAUGGACUCCGAGGGUGGGCUAGCCCUGGAGGCCCCGGCACCCUCACUCACGUGUGGGCCGGGGCAGGCCUGGCCUCCGUCCCCGAAGGCCGCCAGGUCUCCGCACUUCUGACGCAUCUCGCCCUCAGCCUUUUGGUUGCUUGAAACCUGGAGACCUCUAGUGCAUGAAACACACUGCCACAUCACUUGUUCUCUUUUGCGCUCGCCACGUGGACGCUGUGGCUCCUGAGCGGUCAGAAGAAAGCGGGAAGCUCCUGCUACCUGUUAGCCUCCAGGAUGAGGGACGUUGCUUGGUUCACAGAGAUUUACCCCGAGCCGGCUGGGCCGAGGUCGCAGGUGCGGAGCUGUGCUUGUCUCCAGCUCUGAGACGUGGUGUCCGGGGACCCCCGUGUCGCCGUGGUGCGGACACCAGCUCAGGCACGCUCCAGGUUUCUUUGUCGGAGAGGCGUUCGGGCACAGAGCCCUGCUCUUUGGAUCUUCAUAGCUGGAUACGAUAGCCAGUUACAAGGACCUCACUAACUGUUUUGUGUUUACUUUUUAUCUGUGUAAAGCUUUGCAGUAGCUUUUAAAGUGUAAUUUAUUUUUUUAUCAAGUGCACUCUUCAUGCCACGUGUCCGCGGUUUUAUACGACUUGUGCUAGAAGCGCUGCACUCAGCUGUGAGCUGUUUGUACGCUGAGGUGACAGCUGUAGAUGUGGCCACAAAUAAAGCUUUUGUGAAACACUCA